AUGGCUCCCAAAAAGAAGGAACAGCAGAAGAUGUCCCUCGGGGACUUUCUGUCUGAUGGAGCAGGAGCAGGAUUUGGUGGAGGCUCUUGGGCCGAUGAGGUUGAGGAAACUUACGUCACCGGCACUCAGCCCCUUCCCUCCGGCGACCGAGGUCGCUAUACCUCCGGCUCCGCCUCUGCCUGGCAAGAUCGGGGAUACUCGGUCCGCGAGCGCUCUCCCCAGAGAAUCCCCACCCAGCCUCCCUAUACCGCCCAUCUGGGUAACCUAGCCUAUGAUAUCACCAACGAGGCCGUCAACGAGUUCUUCGAAGGAUGUGAGGUCGCCAGCGUCCGCCUGAUCGAGGACCGUGAGACCAUGCGCCCCAAGGGCUUUGGCUACGUUGAGUUUGCCACUGUCGCGGGCUUGGAGAAGGCCCUGACCCUUGAUGGAGAGUCGUUCCAGGGUCGAACUGUCAGGAUCAAGGUUGCCGAUCCCCCUCGCGGCGGUGACAGCGGCAGGGGCGAUUCCAUCCGAGAGAUGGGUGACUGGACUCGCAAGGGUCCUCUCAGCGGCCCUGACCCUUCCAGGCGUUCCGACUAUGGCGAGCGCAGCCGUCCCGAGUUCGGUGGCGAUCGUAGCCGCCCCGAGUUUGGCGAGCGUGGCCCCCCGCGCGAUCGUGAUUCUGGUUUCGAGGCCCGUCCCACUCGUGAGUUGACUUGGGAGCGACGUGGACCUUUGUCUCCUGUGGCCAAGGAGGAAAGCUCCGGAUCCCGAGAUGGCAGCCGUCCCGCCCCUGGAGGUAUGGGUGAGCGAAGCGAGUCCCACCGAGGAGGUCGCCGUGAUGCUCCCCCUGCUUGGGGCGAGCCGCGAGAGGAGGGUUCACGCCCCCCUCGCCGAGAUUAUCCCGAACGCGCGGAGCGAACUGUUACCGCCGCUGAGAAGGAUAUGCAGUGGCGAGAUCGCAUGCGCCCCGAGUCUGCCAAGCCCACUUCUCCCGACGGCAGCGCUCCUCCUUCUCCUGCUCUUUCAUCUGCCGCCCCCGCUCCAGGUGGCCGACCUCGCUUGAACCUGGCGAAGCGAACCGUAUCUGAGGCCGCCGAGUCUGGUUCUGCUUCCGCAGGCUCCAGCUCCAAGGCUAGCCCCUUCGGUGCUGCCCGUCCCAUCGAUACUGCUGCAAAGGAGAAGUUGAUUGAGGAGAAGAGACUACAGGCUGUGCAGGAGAAGAAGGAGGCUGAUGAGAAGGCCAAGGAGGAGCGACGCAUUGCGAAGGAGGCCGCUGUUAAGGCUGAAGCCGAGGCUGCCGCUGCCGCAGAGGCCCAGGCUGAGGCGGACGCUGAGGCUGCUAAGCAAGCAGAGGAGGCCGCUGCUGCAGCUGCUGAGUCUGCCGAGAAGGCUGAGACUGCGGAGAAGGUCGAGUCUGCCGAGAAGGCCAACGGAGAGCAGAAGGUUCCCAUCCGAACCCGUGAGCCCCGCGAGCCCCGCGAACCCCGAGACAACGUCAAGUCACGGGCUGCCGAGGCUUCCAGCUGGCGAUCUGCCGGCAGCGAGCGUGGACGUGGAGGUCGAGGUGGCCGAGGCGGCGGCGCUUCCCGCGGCUCUCGCAUGGACUCCCGGACUGACUCCCGAACUGACGCCCGGACUGACGCGCGACUUACCCGCGCCAACGGAUCGUCCGCUCAGCCCGCCGCUUCCGCCGGCGCCGACUCUGAGCCGUCCACUCCCGCAGUGGAAGAUGAUGGCUGGACCACAGUGCCCAACAAGAAGGGCCGCGGGGGCCGGGCCUAA